CGCCUCUUUUGCGCAACAGGAUUAAAGUGGUCCCGCCAGUCAGCCUUAGAUGUGCCCAGAGUGUGUAGUGUAGCAAAUACUUUUGUUAGUGUACUAAGAAAGAGCAUCAAACACUAAAUAGUGGAAAAAUGGCCGAGCAGUUGAGGAAAAUAACAAAGUGCUGCGCCAUUAUUCUAGUGCUCAAUACCUUACUCAUGUCGCAGACUCAGGCCAAGUUGCUUACGCGCUGUCAACUGGCCAAGGAAUUGUUGCGUCACGACUUUCCACGCAGCUAUCUAUCGAAUUGGGUUUGUCUGGUGGAAUCGGAGAGUGGACGCAGCACAUCGAAAUCCAUGCAGCUGCCAAAUCAAAGCGUCAGUUACGGCCUCUUUCAGAUCAACAGCAAAAACUGGUGUCGCAAGGGCCGUCGCGGUGGCAUAUGCAACAUCAAGUGUGAAGAUUUUCUGAACGAUGAAAUCUCCGACGACUCGCGCUGUGCCAUGCAGAUCUUCAAUCGUCAUGGUUUCCAGGCUUGGCCCGGUUGGAUGAGCAAAUGUCGUGGGCGUACGCUCCCCGAUGUCUCGCGUUGUUAGACCAAACAACAUUCGAGGACAUACGAUGGGAGAACCUGUUUUUCGUAUGAUGGCUUGGCAGCAAAUCCAAAUAAUAUUUCGAUAUUAGUUGCCAUGUUGAAAACAAUAGAAUGGGAAGAGAUAAGACAACUUGUUGUUGUUCUGUUUUAGUUAAGCUGCUUUGAUUUAGUUUUAGAUGUAAAAACAUACUGUAUAACUCAUAACAACAUACAUAUUUUGUAAGACUCGUCCAUUGGCUUUUAUGUUCAAAAUUAAAAUUAUC